AUGAGAGAGCCAUUUUUGAUCAGCUUUUUGAUCGGGCUUAGCCAAACUGCUGCCCCGCAUCAACAAUUUUUGGACUUCUGGGAUGAUCUUGACAGCUUUGUCUUCGAAGCCUUCGAUUUGCGAUCGAGAGUUCCAUGGAAAAUGAGGCGAAAACUCAUCAACAGAUAUGAAGCCACAAGAAAAGUCAUGCAACUCUAUCAAAAUGAAGGUCCUUGCGAAUCUUCUCCGAUUUUUGAGCUUGUUGAAAUGCACGAAUUCGAUGAGACAAAAACUCCAAGUGAGAACAUCGAGAUUCUCGGGGAGAUGAUUAAUGAUUGGAUUCAGUCAUAUGCUUGCACUAAAACCAGCCGCCAUAAUAAAAUUUUGAAAAGAUCUCUCAAAUUUUUGACCAGAUUGAAAAAUUUGGCAGCAGUUAAUGAGUUUAUCAACCGAGAUCUCUCAAUUUUUACUUCACGAGAUGAACUUGAAUUUACUGAAGCAGCAGCUUACUGUCAUCUUGAAAAUGGUUGGCUCGCCGAUCCCUACUUCAGGGAGGAGUACGAACUGAUCAAGUCGAAUUACGACGAGAGUAAAAUCUACUGGUUUGAUCGUCGUCGACCGGAAGCCUGCGCAAAAAUCGGUCAUAAGCUGUUUAUGUUUUUUGAAAAUGCUGAUUGUAAUGCGAAGUCUCAUGCGCUCUGCAUGUCUGGUCAGCGAAAAACUCAACCACCAACUGGUCCUUCUCAAAUAAUGGACCCUUCAGGACUUACGCUGAGUGACAUUAAUAUACUCAUGAUUGGCAAUAAUCUCCGUGAAGCUUUUAUUUUUUCUGGAGAUGGAUCUACAAAAUCAGAAGCAGAAAUCGAAGGACCUGCUUCAAACUACCCGCGAUUCAAAUAA